UAGAAUACACUUCAUACAUUGCAAUAGGUUUUCUUUCUUUUUUUUUUGCUCCAAGAAAUUUGAAGGACAAAAAGGGAUUUAUUUGUUAGGGAAAUCUUGAGGUGCAGGCUGCAUUACUUUGCAUAGAGAUUGUGUAAAGAGUGGAAAAGAUUGAAGUAGAGAGAGAAAGAUGAGCGAGAGGAAACCAUUGAUCCCACCUUUUUCUUCUUCACAAAAGCUCCCUGAUUUCAAGCAAUCUGUAAAACUCAAGUAUGUGAAGCUCGGUUACCAUUACUUAAUCACCCAUGGAAUGUACCUUUUUUUAUCCCCUCUUUUGGUGAUUGUUGCUGCCCAAAUCUCGACUUUCUCUCUCCAAGACAUUUCGGUUCUUUGGAGCCAUCUUAGAUUCAAUCUCAUCUCGGUAAUCGUUUGCUCUGCCCUAUUGGUUUUCCUCUCGACCGUCUAUUUCCUCACCCGCCCUCGCCCUGUCUACCUCGUGAAUUUCUCGUGCUACAAACCCGAUGAGGACCGGAAAUGCACUAGGCAGAUCUUCAUGGAGAGGUCGAGUUUGACCGGUACGUUUACUCAAGAGAAUCUCGAGUUCCAGCGGAAGAUUCUGGAAAGAUCCGGUCUUGGAGAGUCCACUUAUCUCCCAGAAGCGGUUCUGCGGGUCCCGCCGAAUCCGUGCAUGGAUGAAGCGAGGAAAGAAGCCGAGGCUGUAAUGUUUGGUGCGAUUGACGAGCUUCUUGCGAAAACAUCCUUGAAACCUAAAGACAUUGGGAUCUUGAUUGUUAACUGCAGCCUUUUUAACCCUACACCUUCUUUGUCCGCUAUGGUUAUAAAUCAUUACAAGCUUAGAGGGAAUAUAAUUAGCUACAAUCUUGGUGGGAUGGGGUGUAGUGCCGGCUUGAUAUCGAUCGAUCUUGCUAAAGAUCUCUUACAAGUGCACCCCAACACUUACGCUCUUGUGAUAAGCAUGGAGAAUAUUACCCUGAAUUGGUAUUUCGGGAACGAGAGGUCAAUGCUCGUUUCGAACUGUCUCUUUCGAAUGGGUGGUGCUGCUAUUUUGCUGUCGAACAAAAGAUCCGAUUAUUGGAGAUCGAAGUACAGAUUGGUCCACACCGUAAGAACACAUAAGGGCUCGGACGAUAAGUGUUUCUCUUGUGUAACUCAAAUGGAGGAUCCGAAUGGAAAAGUCGGAGUUGCCCUUUCGAAGGAUUUGAUGGCAGUUGCAGGCGAUGCACUAAAGACAAAUAUCACUACAUUGGGCCCACUUGUCCUGCCCAUGUCCGAACAGUUGCUUUUCUUCGCCACUCUAGUUGGGAAGAAGCUUUUGAAAAUGAAGCUUAAGCCUUACAUACCGGAUUUCAAGUUGGCGUUCGAGCAUUUCUGCAUACAUGCAGGUGGAAGGGCGGUGUUGGACGAGUUGGAGAAGAAUCUCCAGCUGUCUGAUUGGCAUAUGGAACCUUCUAGAAUGACCCUGUACCGAUUCGGAAACACGUCGAGCAGCUCACUGUGGUAUGAGCUGGCGUAUUCGGAAGCUAAAGGGAGGAUUAAGAGGGGAGAUAGGACUUGGCAGAUUGCUUUUGGAUCGGGCUUUAAAUGUAACAGUGCUGUGUGGAAGGCUCUUAGGUCUAUUGAUCCAGCAAAGGAGAAAAGCCCGUGGAUGAAUGAGAUUCAUCAAUUUCCUGUGGAGGUCCCUAAGGUUUCGCUUCUUUGAUAAAUUUGAAAGGUUUCUUGAAAAUUUGCGAUUAGGUCCUUUUUUUCUCGAGUUCUCUUUCUUUGUUUUCGUAUUCUGGGAGAAUGGAAAAAAAAUUGUUUUUAGGGGUGAUAGGAGUUUUUAUGUUCUAUUUUGGAAGACUAGUUUGUAGAGUUUGAGAUCCAGCUGGACUUAUAUGUAGCGAAAAAGUUAUAUGAGGGGUGUUUGUGUAUUUAUUUGGAGCUGGGGAUCAAUCUUGACAGCAUGCUAGGCUUUUUCUCAUUUUGACUUAUUUAUUGUGGUCGAUGGCUUGCGUCGAGGGCAUUUUGGUGCUGAAUUGUGUAUUAUUUGAUCUCGAUGUAAGUUUCUAAUCUUUAUUUAUCUUCACUUGAAUCUAUCUCUGUGUAAGAACUGAGUUAUUGAAGUGAUUAUUAUUUAGGUACUUUGUUUUGAAA